AUGGGUAAAAUUACGAAUAAAAAGCGAAAUAUUAAUUCAUUACAAGAGGCACCAAGAACAGAAAUUGACCAUCCUCCCCAGUCAGAUUCAAGUAUGUAUGGCAUAUGUUGCUGCUGCCUGGAGCUGCCAAGUUUAAAAAGUCUCUGGUCUCAAUAUAUGUGGAUGGGACAGAGUGAAAUAUAUGGUGAAAUGCUGAAGGACUGUUUCAAUUUAAUUUGGGAACAAAAUGAGAUGACCAAGGAACAGAUAUGCGAAGUUUGCAUCACCCAGCUAAGAAAUGCUCUACAUUUCAAACAAAGAGUUGAACAGAGUCAAGCAAGACUGCAAAAGAAACUUGUAGAUAUGACAAAGAAGGUGAAAGAGGAAGAAAUUGAAUUGGAGAAUGAAGCAAACGAGUUUGAAAGAUUAACAGUAUAUACAGAUACGGAUUCACAGUUGAAAUGUGACGGAGAAAUCGACUCUCUAGAUGUAAAUGGCGACGAUUCAGCACAAGAUAUAUUUGACGAUACAACUUUGAUAAAAGCAGAAGAAUUGGACCAACAGCCUGUGGUAUUCGCCGAUGUUACAACUACAUGCCCCGAAGACAGAAAAUCGGUGAAGAAAAAAAAAACAACCAGGAAUAGGAAACAAAUGGGGAAACGUAAGAGAAUAGUAAUAAUACCGAAAGAAGACCAUCACGACGAUAAGAAAAUAGAAUUUCGCCAUGUGAACUACGUAAAACCAAGACAAAACGCCUGCCUAAUACUAGAACAUUCCACAAUAGUCCCAUUCAAAUCUAACAAAGGCUACUUCACGUGCUUGUACUGUAAUAAACAACAUGUCGGUUUUGACGAAUUAAAAUCACACAUCCUUCAGCUACACGAGAAUAUGACCUUUACAACUAUUUUAAAAAGUAUUAAUAGGCCGCAUGACCGAAUCAAAGCCGAUGUCAGUGACAUCGCUUGUAGAAUUUGUAAAAAAGAAAUAGACAACCUAGAAAACUUAGUGUCACAUUUGACUGAAAAUCAUAAUAUUAAAUUCAUUGAAGACGAUGUCAAAAAGCCCGCCGAUGCAAUUUUAGCUUACGAAUUAAAUGACGGUAAAUUCAAAUGUUGUAUUUGCAAAAAUGAAUUCUUGUUUUUUAAAACUCUUAAUAAUCAUAUGAAUACACAUAGCAAUGAUCAUGUUUGCGAUGUCUGUGGCCGAUGUUUUUUACUCCCAGAGCGGUUACGAGCUCAUAUUCAGAAGCAUUUUGAUGAGAAAUCGGUAAAAUGUAAACUUUGUGAUAAAAUUUGUGCCUCUAAUAUUGCUCUACAAUCACAUAUAAGGUACAGGCACAAGAAACUGUCGUACAUGUGUUCAAUAUGUAAUGUGACUUUUAACACGUAUAGGUUAAGAAUGAGGCAUUUAGAAGAAGUUCACAAGCGCGCUCCUCUCAAUUUGACAUGUAAAAUUUGUUUGAAACAGUAUUCACAACCGAAUAGUUUAAAUUCGCAUAUGAGGUUAGAACAUUUAAAAAUUGUGAAAGAACCUAAACACAGUUGUAAUAUUUGCGGGACUUUGUUUAAAAGUCCAAAUGCAUUAGCUUCUCAUUCUUUAGUACACUCUGGUGAGAAAAAUUUCGAAUGUCACGUAUGUCACAAAAAGUACGCUCGCGCCAAAACUUUGAAAGAACAUCUAAAGAUACACCGCAAUGACAGGCGUUGGGCGUGCGGCGCAUGCGCGCAGGCUUUCGUUCAGAAAUGUAGCUUAAAAAAUCAUAUUAGAGUGCAUCACGCUGAUAUGGGUUAUCAAGAGUUAAUUGUAUAUAAGAAACCUGAUUUAGAUAGUAAAUAA